CCAGAAAGGCAGACCUUAAAAACAACCAACAAUGUCGGCCCAGGAAGAGACCAAGGACGUCGCUGUCGAUGAGUUCGCCUUCGACCCCUCCCUCAAGAAGAAGAAGAAGUCAAAGAAGACCGUCGCCUUCGACGAUGAAAUGACCCCCGAAACCAAAGCUGACCGCGACGCUGCCAACAUCGCCGAAGCCGAAGACGAGGCCGAGGCCGAGGAUUCCAGCUCCCCCGCCGAGGCAGUCGAGGAGAAGGCCGACAAGGAGGUCGACGAGUUGACCGCCAUGUUCGGAGACUUGAAGAAGAAGAAGAAGAGCAAGAAGUCCGCCAUGCCCGAUUUCGGCGAUGACUCCGCUCCUGCUGCUACCGAGGGCGGUGAGGCAGCAGAGGGCGAUGGUGACGCAUUCGGAGAGCUGAAGAAGAAGAAGAAGUCAAAGAAGAAGGUCGACCUCGCCGCUUUCGAAGCCGAGCUAAACGAAGCCGGCGUCUCAACCCCCACCGAUUCCGCUGACUUUGGUUCAUCCGAAAACAAAGACGGAAAUGAGGAGGGCGAGGAGGCAUGGCUCAAGUCGGACCGUGACUACACUUACCCAGAACUCCUCUCUCGCGUCUUCAAGACCCUCCGCGCAAACAACCCCGACCUCGCCGGCGGUGAAAAGCGUCGCUACACAAUCGUUCCCCCCUCCGUCCACCGCGAAGGUAACAAAAAGACAAUCUUCGCAAACCUUGCAGACAUCUGCAAACGUAUGCGCCGAUCCCCUGAACAUGUCAUCGCAUUCCUCUUCGCCGAGCUGGGUACUUCCGGAUCCGUGGAUGGAGCUGCUCGGUUGAUUAUCAAGGGUCGCUUCCAGCAGAAACAGUUGGAGCAGGUGUUGAGGAGGUACAUUGUGGAGUAUGUUACAUGUAAGACGUGUAAGAGCCCGGAUACGGUGUUGGAGAAGGAGAACAGGAUGUUUUUUACGCAGUGUGAGAGUUGUGGGAGUAGGAGGUCGGUGGCGACGAUUAAGAGUGGUUUCCAGGCCCAGGUUGGAAGGAGGAAGUUGCAGAAGGCUUAGACGUCGACGACGACGUCGGCGACCGAUGUGUUGUCGUGGCGGGUGAGAGGGAGAAGGAGUC